AUGCCGCCGCAAUGUGGAGGCUGGCUAGGUCCCUCCAACUCUCCAACUUCAUGCGGAACCACAACCACGCCCCAGCCGGCCAAUCUAAGCGAACGGCAUCAGUGCCGCCGGUACCUCUGCGAUGGUACCAUUCGGUCCGUCGAGAAACAUGCCGUUUAUCCAGAUGCCACCCAGCAUAUUGAUUGCCUGCUGUCAAGGCAUGUUGUGAAAGGAUCAGAUAGCAACCUCACGGAGAAGACUGGCAGACUGCCGAUUGAGCACACAGGUCUCUCAUCAAUAAUCACUGGAGCUAAUCUGGCCGGAACCCGUGUGUCCGGAUUGCCCUUCAAGCCGGCACUGGCUGAGACUGCCCUAUGGUGCAGGGUCAAAACGACUGCUUUCAAUGGGUGGAACUUUCCCUAUCUGGGCGCCCAAACAAGGGAUCAGAACCAUGGGAUCUGGCAAAGUCUCUUCAUUCUAAGCGUCUCCUAUAGAACCGGCACUAUUGGAACCACUGGGCAUGGCUCGUUUAUGCACAACGCAAGACGUGAGAUUUAA